GAAGUGAUUCCUUCAAGACACAAUGAAAACGCCCUUUUUUUCCAAAAUAUGCAGGGGAAAGCAGGCUUUGUAAUCAUUAAGGCCGUUUGUAAACUCUCAAAAUUGCAAUUACUGAACUCAGCUAUAAAUUUAGAAACAAGCCCACCAGCGACAAAACCCCUACUUUUGCAAUCAGCCGACUUCUCUAGCGGUUAAUUUUUAAACCCACCUCCACUCAGCUCUUCAUACAGUGUAUGUUAAAUACGAGGCGGAACUUUAUGUCGUUGAACAGAAAUUUGCCCCCAAAGCCGAGGAAAAAGAAAUGUCAAAGGCUCCAUGUUUCAAAUCCAAGUUUAUCACUGCUGAGCUUGCUCAUCUAUUCAGCCAGUCAGACAGUGAGGAGGAGUUUGAAGGAUUCAGUGAGGAUGAGGAAGGAUGUUUUAAAAAAGGGUUGAAGACCAAGGUGGUGGACUCGGAGAAGGACAGUGACGUAGACACAGGCCUCUGCUCUGAUGCUGAGGAGGUCUCCCCACCAAAAAGGAGGAGUCUUUUAGUGGCCCUGAGGUUUCCCAUGAAAGGUCUAACUACUCCCAAAAAAUGGUCUCAUCCACAAGGGAAAAAUGUCACCAAGCCGGUGAAAGAAACUCAUCCUCCACGGGGAGUCAGAGGACGGACGAAGACAAAGCAGCAGCAGAAGCAGCAGGAGGAGGAUGAGGAAGAGGAGGAGACAGAGGGAGAAGACAAAGACGAGGUCCUGUCUCCGAGUCUAAGGAGACGAGACAAGAACAUCCAGGAAAACAAGGCCAUGCUGGCUAAGCUGUUUGCUGAUCUGAGCACCAUGGCUGACCUGGCUCUGCCCACCACCCCUCAAAAGAAGAAGAAGCAAACACCAGAGAAAGCAGUGCCAUGGAAACGCAAGUUUGAAUCACAGACAGGGUCAGAGAGGAGGAACCCGUCCCGUAAAGCUCGUCCUCCUGUGAACUUUGGAGUGGAGGAAAAGAGCGAGCCAAUCACACGUAGAAGCCCCAGUACUGUAGACAUGAGGAAACUGGUGGAGGUGGCCGAGGACCAUGUCAGGGAGAGACAGAGGAAGAAGGGCUACGUUUCCAGAAGGAGACAGUAUAUAAAGUCAGUCGACGAGAUCACCAAGGAAGACCUGGACAACAUAGCAUACCGCAGCAAAGACAAGAUCUGGGACAAAGAGAACGGCAGCUCGUGUCACCAGUGCAGACAGAAGACUCUGGACACCAAGACAGUGUGUCGAAGUGGUUUCUGUGUGGGGCACAAAGGUCAGUUCUGUGGGCCUUGCCUGAAGAACCGCUAUGGAGAGGAUGUACGCACUGUGCUGCUUGACCCGGAGUGGUCAUGUCCCAUCUGCCGGGGGAUGUGUAACUGCAGUCUGUGUCGUAAGAAGGAGGGGCGCUGUGCCACUGGCAUCCUGGUAACAUUAGCCCGCUACAACGGCCACGAUAAUGUCCACGAGUACUUGGAGAGCCUUCGGAAGGAGCUGCAGUAAAGUCCAGAGUAUUGGUCAGAGAGGACAAACUGCUCGUACAGCUCGGGCCUGGAGGACGUUCUAGUGCUGCAGAGUACUGUUUAACUCAUUUUAACGCACUUGUUUAGAUUUAGGUAGGUAUUUUAUCUAACUAGAGAAACAAAAGGACCUUGAGACAAGGUACAUACACUGUUUUAUAUGUUUUAUAUACUGUAACCUGAUUUAAGCCUGUAUACAUACUAGGCUCUUUUUUUAUGUUUUUAAGCCAGUACUCAAUUUUGAGUUGAAUAUUUUUACUUUUGAUGUUCUGUAGAACAAAUGUUACUAUUUUCUGUGUUAAAGAUGCAAAAGAAGCCUUUUAUACCGGCUAGUUGUCUAAAAGUGAUAAAGCAUUCUUGUCAAUUCACUGUAAAUGUUAAUAAAGAAUAGUAUUAUCUAA